AUGCCCUUAGGAGCCUUUGCUUCAUCUCUAUCAGGUGGUUUCGGUGGGGGACCAGGUAUCAUGCCGAUGCCAUCAUCCUACAUGCAUCCUUCUUCCUGGUAUAGCGGGAACAGUAUGUAUGGUCAACCCCAGCCACAAGGUUCUUUCCAAUAUCAGAACCAGCAACAACAACCACCACGGAAUCAAUCGUAUUCUCAGCCUGGGCAGUCUCAGUACCCCUCUGAUUGGUCCGCGCCUCCUCCUUGGUCAGGAUACGGAUAUGCGAACAAAUACCAAGAUCAAUCCAACUCAUAUUGGUACAAUGGGGAUGGAGCAUACCCAUCAGAGGAAUCAUUUCGAUCAGAAUCACCCACAAGGGGAGCUAGCACCCCGGUCUCCGAAGAGCCUACCCUUCUGAACAACCCAGUAUGGGACUCCUCUUCGCCCUGGACAGGAAGUUCCACGGUCCAAGGCUCUUUCAUGGAGUACUGCCAAGAAGCCUACAGAGUAAAAUCAGCUUCGAAAGCGGAAUCCAGCAGGAUCAGAGAGAAGAUCGGACAAGCUCUACUGGUGAAUAACCAUCAGAUGGUUAAAGAAUACAAAGCUCUUGCAGGGAGUUUUCGUGACAUCACUGCAUCUUUACCAGAACAUGUGAAAGGUGAUUUAGGGUUAACUCGAUUUGGUGAGUUGCUCGGAGACUUGGGAAAGAGCAUACAGAGCGCAACCGGACUUGCAACUGGGCUAAGCGAGAAGACACACAAAGAGGUAGAUGAUCUGGAGAGCAUGAUGGAGCUGAAUGAGAUGAUGGCUCAGUUCAAUGGUGCGGAGACGAAAGGAUCAGAUGUCAGAACCGCGAAAGGGUUAUUUGGGAAAUAUGGAUCUCGGGUUAAAGCUGAUCAGAAUGAUGAAGCUAUCCAGUCGCCCUUUGAAGUAUAUCUUCAUUCCCGAUAUCAGAACGCUCCUGACGACGAGUCCAUCCCAUUUUACACCACCGAUCCACAGACCCAAAUUCCUACACCAGAUGCGACUGCUACCGGGACGGGCACUGGAACUGGCACUGGAAGACGCACCAAUAUCUUUGCGGGUGCAAACGCAGGUAAUCCAUUCGCUCAAUGGUCCAAUUCAUUCGGAUUCGGUAACGGAUUCAACAAUUACAACACAGGUAAUCCCUUCGGAUACGGUAGCCGAUACCACAAUUCCGCCGCUCAGAAUCCCACUCUUUCGGAACUGUUGUCAAGCCUAUAUAAUCGAUCGCAAAAUCAGAAUUUGGGUAGUCCAUACGGUGGUCCGGGAGUAUCGUUCGGGCCAGGCAGUUUUGCUAAUCUCAAUCGAUUUGGCGCCUUGUAA